AUGGGUGCAUGGCCUUUGCAGGUUGGCAUCAGGGGGAAGGAUAUUGUUGUCCUGGGUGUUGAGAAGAAGUCUGUGGCAAAGCUUCAGGAGGAGAGGACAGUCAGGAAGAUCUGUGCUCUAGAUGAGCAUGUGUGCAUGGCCUUUGCAGGUCUGACUGCAGAUGCCAGGAUUGUCAUAAACAGAGCUAGAGUAGAGUGCCAGAGCCACAGACUGACAGUGGAGGACCCCGUUACUGUGGAGUACAUCACCCGCUACAUCGCCACACUCAAACAGCGCUACACUCAAAGCAACGGACGCCGUCCCUUUGGUAUCUCAGCCCUGAUCGUUGGUUUUGACUAUGAUGGGACUCCACGUCUAUAUCAGACGGACCCCUCUGGAACAUACCACGCAUGGAAGGCAAACGCUAUCGGACGCAGUGCAAAGACGGUGAGGGAGUUUUUAGAGAAAAACUACACAGACGAAGCCAUCGCGAGUGAUAACGAUGCCAUCAAACUGGCCAUCAAAGCCUUACUAGAGGUUGUGCAAUCCGGGGGCAAGAACAUCGAGCUAGCUGUGAUCCGAAGAAACCAGCCCCUAAAGAUUCUGGAGUCCAAAGAAAUCGAGACGCUGGUCACUGAAAUAGAAAAGGAGAAAGAGGAGGAGGCAGAGAAGAAGAAGCAGAAGAAAUCUUCGUAAAUCACAUGAUUUGUGUAGCUUAGUUUUGUUUAUACGGGCAGACGCACUUGACUCAGGCCCACACUGUACCCUCCUCCUCUCCUGCCUCUCAUCCAUUAAGAGCACAGUCUCUCAGUCUUCUGCUGAACCCACAGUAUCUGUGAAUGUUUUUGUUCCAGGAAAUAUA